ACGUCUUUUAAGGUUCCUCGAACCCGGCGCACUGCUCACGAGGGCUGGGGCUGCGAUCCGGCCGGAGCAUCGUACGCCGGUCAGUGCUACCGGCUGCCGGGAGCCGCGACCGCGGCGGAAAUCUCAUUUGAGUUUCUGGAUGACAGGAUUCAGGAAGACGGCCCCAUAUUUAAUCCACGGAGCCCAACCUAUAUGAAAGACGUUAUCAAUCAUAUACCAAAAGCCGUUAAGGAUGGGAAUUACCUAUUUAUAGGUAUAAUAUUGACUAUCUACCAUAGGUUUGUGACCACCUGGGAGAUGCUGGACUUAAUUAUGGACACGUAUGGACCUUUGCAGCCAGACUGUAUGGAGGAUCAGGAAAAAAGGAAUGCCUUGUUAUCCUUCCUGUCGAUAUGGAUGUCAAAACAACCCCGGGACUUCAGGUCUCCAAACCUUGCCGUGGCCAAGAGGCUCGUGAAAUAUCUAUGGCCCGAUGAGCCUGCAAAAGACUUCACUCUCCAAGGGGAGGCGCUGGAGGAGCAGGACUGUAAAAUGGGUGAGGAGGCCUGGGAUGAUGGACUCCUCAGGAAAGUUAAUACAGAGGCACCCAUGCAGGAUGCAUUAGGGAUGGUGGAGACUCUACAUGUGGGACCAACUUCUGUGGCAGGGCCCCGGGAAUUUCUGAAAACCCAAGAUGACACAGACCUGGCCCUUGGGGAACCAACCGUGCCAGAAGCUGGACCAGUACCACUUCAAACUUCAGACCAGCCUCUGCCCACUGAUGCACAGCCACCUCUAGAAGUGGCUGCAGAUGUUCCAGAUGCUGGGCGGCUCUUUCUAGUUUCUGUUGUGCAACUGGGUGCACCAGAGCCCUUUUUCCCUCUGCCUGAUGUUGACAUAGAUUGAGAUUGUUUAUUACCUGCCGAGUUCCACCCAGGACCAGCUGUCCUUCCCGUCUUUAGAGAAAGUAUCUCCUUUCGUUGUGUUUAAAACUUUUUAUUGUUGUUUUCAAAGUUAAUAUUAAUAUUGCCUUUAAUUAUAUUUAAUUAUUCUUCCUUGUUUUUUCAAUAUUAAUAUUUAUUAAUAAACAUUAAGUAUGCCUA